AUGUGGAAGCUAACAAGUAGAAGUAGUGCUAUUAUCCAUAUUUACAACAGGCUUUUUUCUGUGUCCAACAAGGCAAUUGGAAGACCCUCUGUUUUUCGUUUUUACUCUUCUUAUCCAGAACAGAAAUAUAGAAAGAGACUUUUGGAAGAGGCGCAUAAACAAGGUUUCAACAGUAUAGAAGAGUUAAAGAAUCAUUUGAAAAAUACUAUUGAAUCUAAGAAGCGGGAAUUCAAUAAGAUUGACCCAUUGAAAGAACUAGAAGACUACGAACAAAGAACCCAAAUGGCGAAUAACAAUUCAAAGAAUGUAAUGACGAAAUCAAGAAGUCCUCUUGACCCGAAUGCUCCUAAAGUUCCAUUCAAAACGUUAAACUCUUUCUUGGAUGUAACAAAGCUGGAGGACUUAUCUAAGCAAGAAGUUGAGUUUCUCUGGAGAGCGAGAUGGGCACAAAAAGAUAAUACAUUAUGUGCUGUGAUUCCUGUCGCCAUUUAUGAUAAAAUGAUGGCAAAUGCCAAGAAUAAUCCUGUCUUCGUUUUACCACUGCCUAGACAAGUUCAACCUGAAGAGUCAAAAUCAAAUGAAGAACAGGGAAUGGAAUUGCACUAUAUUCAAUGGCAGUUUGUCGGACCCCAAACAACACACUGUAUGAUGACCUCCCUGGCUGAGUAUAAAUUACACCAGGAAUUUGCAAGGCCUCAUACUACUUUCCAGUUCCAUUCUGACUUGGUGAAGGACAAGGGAAUUGUUUUUAUGAACGGCCAUGUGGAACCGGAUACAAAUGUUAAAGUACAGGACGCACAAUUGUUACUAUUAAACGUUCAAAGAUUUUACGGUGCUAUGGGCGAAGAAACCCCUGUUGCUAAACAAAGAGUACAGUUAUUAAGAGAUUUCUCCAAGGGUUCCCCUCAAUUCACUGUUGAAAAAUUAAUCUCACUAUCCCAGUCCAUGGAAAAUUAG